UUCGUAACAACGAUCACACUCGUUUGUGUAUUGCGAAGACGGGAGGACGUACGUCGGCGUCGUCGGUCCACGGUAAAAGCGAAUUAAACGAAAAGCGUAAAGCGAAAGAGCGCUAAAACAAGCGAGCGAGCGAAAACAGAACCAAUUCCCAACCAAAGUGGCGUUAUUUUCGUUUCAUUUUUUUUUUUCUGUUUCAAACAACAAAUAAAUAACGCGCCGAUUAAAUAGUGAAGAGUGCUAGACAUACUACUAAAAAUACAUAAAAAUAAUAAUAAUAACACAUAAAUGUCUGCUCGAAUCGUGAAUAAAAUAGUUUUAUUUUUUUUGCAAACACCACGCUGCAGCCAUGCAGUCACCAUUUCUUUGUCAAACCAGCCUGAAAUGAAAUUGGCUAACCAAAACAAACUGUGAAAACCAAAAAGAAAGCAAAAGAGAGCAAGCGAGAGAGAGCCGUACACCCACAAGGAUAAGCCACACAGAGAGAGAUAGAGAGAGAGAGAGAGAGUGAGGCUAUAGAAACCAAACAAGUGAAGAGCGACAGCAGCGAGAGAGAGCGAGCCUGAGAGAGCACAAAGCCUGAGAGAGAGAGCUGAGAUGGCCAGCGAGGAUGUGCAGAUCACGAGCGUCAUCGAUGCCAAUGGGCAGCAGCUACCGCUCCAUGGUACCGGGCUGGGCGGCCCCCUGGCACCGCCCGUCAAACAGGAGCGUCCGGACGACGCCGAGAUCCGCGAACUGGCCGCCAAAAUGAAGGAGCAGCAGAAGCAACAGGCCGCCCAGCAGGCAUCCCGCCUAGCGGCCGCAUCCAUGCAGCAUUCGAACGCCGGCACGGCCAACGGCGGCCAGAUGCAACCGCCGAUCACGAACGGUAACGGCCAGACAAACAUCAUGUCCUAUCUGUCGCGCCACCAGAAGCUGCCCAACGGCACCAUGCAGGUGGUGCCGGCACUGUCCGCCAAUUCAGCGUCGUCGAACGGCCGUUCCAAUGGCGCCAUCAGCGAUGGCAGCGGCUCGGAGAAGAAGGGCUCCGGCCCCUGUGACGAGGAGUCCGUCAACGGACACUUUGGCUGGGCGUCGUUCGGGAAGGUGUCCAUUCCGUACAUCUACCGGCAGUCGGAGAAGUACUGCUCCGUCCGGAUGAUCGAACUGAAGCUGCUCGGCAAAUACCUUAACUGCCUGCAUCCGGACAUCUACUCCAGCUGCACCUGCGUCCGCAGCUACUACAUCACGGACGCCGAGGCCCGGCUCUUCAUCGAGAUCAACCACAAGCAUUGCGACGGCGAAUUCGGGCGGGACAUCUUCACGCAGAAGGAUCUGGUGGUGCGGCUCAGCGACGCCUCCAAGUUCUAUCAGUUCCUGGACAUUUGCUAUCGCAAACUGGUCACCGGCAGCAAGACGCCGUCGGAGAAGUGCGGCUUCAUCCGGAUCAACAAGGAGUCGGUGGUGCCGUACACGGUACGCAACAAUCAGCAGGUGGUGCCGCUCUUCUACUUCGAGGGCGAAACGGAGAACCUGAAGACCAAAGCGGAACUGCUCAACGGCUGGGAUCUGGCGUAUCUGAAGUUCUGCUGCAAGGUCCAGGGCAUCCGGAACGAGCUCUUCUCCAGCGAAAACGUGGCCGUCAUCUCGCUGACGGACAUCAAAAGCUAUUUCCCCAACGGCACCGAGUUCGAGGACUACUGGCCCAGCAAGGUGGUCGACUCCAAUCUGCUGAUCGGCAAUCGGGCGAAUGUCACCAACUCGGUCAACUGGACGCGCCAGCCCUCGGCCCCACCGCCCAAAGUCUCCUCCGGCUCCAGUUCGGUUUCCGGUUCGGGAUCUGGCAUGGGAAAUUCCUCGUCCUCGGGCGGGGGCGGCGGCGGCGGCGGUUCUGGCAGCGGCCAGGUUCCAUCCAAAGCUCAGCAUGCCUCGGCCGUGUCGGCGGCAGCCGCCCAGCAGCAGCAUCUCAUGAAACAGCGGGCGGCGGCCGUGGCGGCGAAUGCCAAUGGAGUGGCGAACGCGAAUAGUUUCGGCGCCUCCCAGGCGGCGGCGGCAGCGGCGGCGGCCUUCAACUCCCAGGCAGCAGCGGCGGCGGCGGUGGCCUCAGCGGCGAUGCUGCAACAGACCCAGGGCACCAAUCGGAUGCUCUCCCAGGCCACGGUCCAGGCCUUGGCCAACAGUGGCUGGAUGUCCGGCCAGAACAACCUGCAGCUUCAUGCCCAAAUGAUGGCCCAACAGACCCACGCAAAUGCCAACCGUGUGGGCAGCUAUCGGGAGCACAUGAACAACCUGAUGAUGAGCGGCAGCAGCCGGCAGCCGUACUCCUACAACAAUCCCGCGAUCUCCAUGUCCUCGGUGAACAGUCACAGUGGUGGCGGCGGCAAUGCCCCACCGCCCCUCGUUCGUUCGGCGGCGGGCCAGAAUGCCAAUCAUAUGUCGAAUGUCGAGCAGACACUGGUGCAACAGCAACAGCAACAACAACAACAACAGACACAACAACAACAACAACAACGCACAUUUAACAGCCAUGCCACACAACAACAACAACAGCAACAACAACACCAUCACCACCAAAACCAAAGCAAAAACACCAACAACAACAAUACCAGCAACAACAACAACAACAACAAUAGCAGCAGCAACAACAACAACAAUGCCUCAGCUGCCGAAGUGGCAGCUGCUGCUGCCGUUGCCUAUGUCCAGUCCCUCCAUCGAUCCUCAAGCGCCGGCUACAACCUGCCCUCCACCCAGGACGAUUACACCAAUCUGGUAUUGUGGAACCAACUGACCCCCAAACAGAGGCUACUCUUCAUGCAGCAGGUCAAGGGCGUGGCUGGCGGAGUAGCCAGCGGAGGAGGAGGAGGAGCCUCUGGAGGAGGCUCUACUGGAGUAGGAGGCGGCCGAGGCGCAGGCGGAGGAGGCAGCAACUCCAGCUCUCAUUCAAGCGGAGGAGCCAAGAACUUUCCAACCCUGCCUUCCCUGCCACUGGACACGGAUCUGAUAACCAUGCUGGAUUACAACAAUCCCAACAAGAAAAAAACCGGAGUAGCAUCAUCCGGAGGUGGAGGAGGAGCAGUAGCAUCCGGAGGAGGAGGAGGUACCUUUACCAAGCCCAAUGUUCCACCCCUUAUCUCCGAUGGCGGAGCUGAAAUAAGUCUGACGAAAAUCAGUCGCAGAUCCGGAGCCAGCGAGGCAGCACCCCCCACUGGAAAUGGAAGUGGCAUCACCAUACCCCUGAACUCCACCCAGGCGCUGGAGGAUUUUGAAAAGAAGUUCACGGUGAUGACGGACGAAAUGAGAGCGGUGAUCCAGAAGGUGCUGGCCAACCCGGAUCUCUCCACAUCCAUCCAAACGAACUCCGGCAACCAGAUCCAUCACCAGAAUGCCAAUCAUCUGGUCUCGUCGUACAUCUCGCCGCCCAUGUCGCCCGCGGUGGGCGUCAUUGGUGGCCCCGGGGGGGGCUUGGUCAACAACAAUGUGGCCACGCUGACCCUCGCCUCCAAUCCGAAUGUGACGAUAACGCCGCAGCUGCCAGGACACUUCCUCCACUCGCCAUCCAGCUCGUGUUCCAGUUCCAGUGCCUCCAAUACGGCAGCAUCGCCCUUGGGCAACGGCAAUGCCAGUGGUGGAAGUGGUGGUGGUGGGGUGGUGUCCUCCAACGGGCAAUUGGGUGGCUCGGGAGCGGGGGGUGGCUCCGGGUCGGGAGCUGGUUCGGUGUCAAGUGGUCGCCAAAAGAGCGUCAUCUGCUCCACAAAGAGUAACAACCUGCCGAUGGCCAUUCUCACCUUGGCCAACAGUUCUGGUCGGGAUCAGCAGGGGGGGGCCAGGGGUAGGGGCUAUCAGCAGCAACACCACCAACACAACCAGCAACACCAUGUGGGGGGCCAACGUCAGUCACACAGCCAUCAUCAUCAUAAUAGCAAUAUUAGCAGUAAUAUUAAUAAUAAUAGCCUUAAUAGUAGUAGUAAUAGUAGCACUAGCAGCCCACAUCCGGCAGCCACUGACGUUAUCGAUUUGUCCUCCUCCCGAAGGUCCUUGGCCGCAUCGGCCGCCUAUUUGCAGCAGCAUUCCUCGGCGGUGGCGCAACAGCAGCAGGCGGCUGCCGCGGUGGCGCAGCACCAGCGCCUGGCCGCUGCGGCGGCGCAUCACGCCCAGCAGAACGGACGCAGUGGCGGCUCCAGUUCCGGCAACUCAUCGUCCGGCAACUCCGGUUCCGCCGGCAGUGGCGGUGGCGGUGGUGGCGGCGGCGGCGGCAACUCAUCCGGCAACAGUUCCAGCAAUUCCGGCGGCAGUUCGGGCGGCAGCUCAUCGGUGGCAUCGGCAGCAGCUGCCGCCGCAGCGGCGGCGAAUAGUGCGUCGAUGAACCUACAACGGCAUGCCGCCAUGGUGCACGCCCAGGCGGCGGCGGCCAGUGCCUCGGACAGUGCCCAGCGGCUGUGCGUUAUACCGGAGAUACCCACCAACAACAUGAACCUGACGCCGUACAAGGUGCAGAGGGUGUGCGUCGACAAGCACCUGGUGCCGUGCAUCAACAUGAAGGCGUACAACGAUUCCGAGCAGCUGAUGACCCUCAUGGAGUUCCAGAAGAAGUUCUUCCCCUCGGUGCCCCUGGAUCACUGUAAGCGUCUGAUCGAGGCGCUCGGCGUGGAGCUCUACAAGGCGAAUCGGCGGCAGGUGCAGAUCCUGAUGGAGUACGACCGCAGCUACAACGAGAACAUGCCGCUGGUGCAGGUGCGCGACAUCAUCAAGUACAUGACCCAGCUGACGUUCAUGACGCGCGAACAGCCGCCGGCUAAGCGGACGCGAACGAGCUAGGAAUUAAGCUGGGGAGCACAACAUUUGCCACCGACAACCACAACAACAGCAACAACAACAACAGUCACACCGAUAACAACAACAACAAGAGCAAUAAAAGGAUUAGCAGCAGAAGGAGGAGCAACAUCGUCAUCGUCGAGCAAAGGAGGAGCCAGAACCAGACGUGCCCUGACACCGCCUCCAAGUCUAAGCGGAGAACUGAGCCGACGCAGGGCAUUAGCAUUAGCUCCACCGCCAGCACCAGUACCAGUACCAGUACCAGCACCAGCCCAUCACCAUCACCAACAACAGCUAGAGAAGCAACAACAACACAACAACACAUACGAAAUGUUGUACUCCCACAACCAAGCACAUCCGCAGCACCACCACCACCACCACCAGCAGCAACAGCAACAACAACAACAUCAUGAGCAGCAGCGCCUUCAGAAGAAACGACAACAUGCCGAGAACAAGAGCUCCACAUCCUGCUCCUCCUCUUCCUCCUCCACCAUCACCACCACCAGCAGCAGCAGCAGCAGCACCUCGAAAACGGCUGCCCAGAAGAUGGCCGAGGCGGAGCACGCCUACUUGUCCAAUUUGUACGGCAAGGCGGCGGCCAGUAUGCUCAGUCCACCACUAGGGGACUGGAGUCACGACCAGCAGCAGCAGCAGCAGCAGCGGCAGACACGGCGGGCAGCAGCCGCUUUGGGUCAACAGAUGCCAUCACAGAGGCACAUCAUGCAUCGCCGGCAUAGCGUGUGUGCGGCAGGGCUGGCCAGCUUGUCGCCAGCCGGGUCCAGUAGCUCCACGUCCACGGCGGGAGCAGCCGCCACAUCGCCCACAUCGGCGGCAGCAGCGGCGCUGGCAGCAGCCUCCUAUUACGGCAGUGCGGCAGCAGCUGCGGCGGCGGCAUUCACGGCUCCCUACCACCAUCCUCAUCAUCCGCAUGCUGCCCACCAUCACCAGCAGCAGCAACAACAACAGCAGCAGCAACAACAAGCGGCACAGCAGCACCAUCCUUUGGCUCCGGGCGGGCAUCAUCAUGCCGCUGCAGCAGCGGCAGCAGCAGCUGCCCACCAUCAUGCCGCAGCGGCGGCAGCAGCAGCGGCCGCAGCAGCCGCCCAUCAUCAUACGCACGGCGGGCAGCCAUCGCCGACCAUUUAUCCGCCAACGCCGCCGCCAUCGGCGCCGUGGGUGCAUCCCUGGUACGCGGGGGAUGCUGCCUUCUGAAGGCCAUCUGACGCGGAGGGCGGCAGGGUCACCGGCACGGUCAAGGCCGGCCACAAAACCACUGUAAAGUAGAACCGUUUUUUUUUCUAGACUCGUAAGACUAUUUAUUAACAAAAGGUCGUGUUAAAUAUAUAUAUAUUUUUUUUUGGCAGUGCCGCCGUCACGAGAGCUGGCACUACCAGGGCGGGGGGUUAGCAGAGGGUCGGGGAAUGGGGAACUGGGCGGGGGGGUAUGUAGUUAUCUAAGUAGGUUAACUAAAACAAUUUCUGGGCAUUAUAUGCCGUCUAAACAAUAAUCAAUAAUAUGACUAAAAAAAAAAAAAGCUGCUUGGAUUUCGUUUUCGACAAAAAAAAACUUAAAAAAAAAU